AUGUCCUCCUCCUCAAGGUGGGUAGAGCUAUCAUCAAGAAAUUCACACAAAAACAAUAACAUUAACGCCACCAACAACAAUAAUAGAAGUAGUAUUAGAGAUGAAGACAACCCUAUUGCCAACUUCAAAGAAUGCCAUAUCUGCAACCAAGUUGGGGUCCCAGUUUUUCACUCCAUUCGCUGUGACCCAACAAACAAACCUCACUGGGAAUCCUCAGCUGGUUCUUCCUUAAUCUCUCUCAAAAACAGCCGAUCCUACAGCGACUCACCAUGUUUCAGCUCCGAUUCAAUCGCUCGGACCUGUUGGUGGGGUCCAAUCUUGUGUCGUGUCCUGGACCCACGUAGCAAGAACAUCAGGAGGUGGAACCGUGGGGUCUUGCUGGCACGUGGCUUGGCCUUGGCAGUUGAUCCUCUCUUCUUCAACGUGAUGUACAUGAGUACUGUAGAGAAUGGGCCCCCUUGUUUCUACAUGCAUGUUGCGUUGGCUAUCGUACUCACUGUGGUUCGCACUUGUGUGGACCUGGUUCAUCUCUGCCACGUGUGGCUUCAGUUCAGGUUGGCGUACGUGUCUAGCGAAUCCAUGGUGGUUGGGUGUGGGAAACUCGUGUGGGACGCACGUGCGAUUGCCUCUCACAACCUGCGAUCUUUUAAAGGCAUCUGGUUGGAUGCUUUUGUUAUUCUUCCGGUUCCCCAGGUGGUAAUAUGGUUGGUUGUACCCAAAUUGCUCAAAGAAAAUCGGAUUAAUCUGAUAAUGACCAUACUUCUAGUAACCUACUUUGUUCAAUUCUUCGCCAAACUCUACCAUAGCAUUUACUUGUUGAAAAAACUGCAAAAGGUCACUGGUUAUAUCUUUGGCAGUGUUUGGUGGCGUUUCAACCUUAAUCUCCUUGCAUACUUGAUUGCUGCUCAUGUAAUCGGUGGAUGCUGGUUUGCCCUUUCUACACAACGUUUAGUGUCAUGCCUCCAUCAACAGUGUGACAUGAGUACCAAGUGUAAUCUGUCUUUAGUUUGCUCAGAGGCAAGAUGUAAUAACCAGCAUAUUCAGUUAGCAUCUGGAAAAAACUUAAUGGGAAAUCAAUGUGGUGCUAACUUAACAGCAAUAAGGUCAUUUUGCUUGGAUGAAGACGGGCCAUAUAAUUAUGGUAUCUAUUUGCAGGCACUUCCAGUCUUAACGAGCAAUUCCCUGGCUGUUAAGAUCCUUUAUCCUCUAUUCUGGGGCCUUUUGUGCCUUAGCUCUUUUGGUAAUGUACUCGCGCCUACAAGCAAUGUGUUGGAAGUGAUUUUUAGCAUAUGCAUCACACUUGGGGGAUUGGCGCUCUUCACUACUUUAGUUGCCAAUAUCCAGGUAUUUUUGCACACGCUCAUGGCAACUAAGAAAAAUGUGCUACUCAAACAUCGAGACAUGGUGUGGUGGAUGAAACGAAGACAGCUGCCGCUUCAUUUGAGACGGAGAGUUCACCGAUUUGAACGUCAAAGAUGGGCAGCCAUGGAAGGGCAGGAUGAGAUGCAGUUGAUCAAAGAUUUGCCUGAUGGCCUCCGUAGGGAAAUUAAACGUUAUCUUUGCAUAGAUCUUGUCAAGAAGGUCCCUCUAUUCCAAAUGUUAGAUGAUCUUAUUCUUGACAACAUCUGUGAUCUAGUCACGCCUUAUAUCUACGGCAAGGGUGAAAAGAUUAUCAGAGAAGGAGACCCUGUGCAAAGGAUGGUGUUUGUUGUUCAUGGUCGUGUAAGACGUAGUCAAGCCCUUAACAGAGGAUUCAUUGGCAAUAGUAUGCUUCAACCUGGUAGCUUUUUCGGUGAUGAGCUUCUAUCAUGGUGCCUCCGCCGCCCAUUUAUAGAUCGCCUUCCAUCCUCAUCCGCAACAUUUGUUUGUGCAGAAUCCAUAGAAGCAUAUUGUCUUGAUGCAGACCAACUCCAGUAUAUUACUGAUCAUUUUCGAUACCAAUUUGCCAGUGAUAGACUUAUGCGGACAAUGAGAUAUUACUCAUCCAAUUGGCGAACAUGGGCAGCAGUGACUAUACAAAUUGCUUGGCGUCGCAACAAGACGAGAACCAAGGGUACUGUGAGUCUUCUGAUGCACAAUAGAGGCACUGAUAGCCUGCUCAGACAUUAUGCUGUAUACUUCAUGUCACUCAAGCCUCAAGAUCGCCUUGAAUAAGGCAAUUGUGAGCAACGUUUGGUUGUUCUUACCAAUUAUUUGACAAACUCAUUUUCUCUCAAUUUCUUUUUUUUGGAAUUACAUGGAUUGUACAGCAAUAAGUGAUCUGAAAUGUACAGACUUUCUUUCUCCAAAUGAUUAGAAAUUUGUGUACCUAAAAAAGGGAAAGAAAUUUCUGUCAACUUAA